CUUCUCCUCUCUCUUCUCUCUCUCUCUCUCUCUCUCUCUCUCCCUCUGGAGUCUGUACCCUCAAUGCCCCCAGGUUAAACAAGAGAACAAAACAGGGGUACAAUCCACCCUUCAUUAUCCGCAUUAUCAAAUCCUUAUCUUCCUUGUCUUGAGCAAAACACAAACAACGGCAACCAACAAGAAAAUGCAAACCCAAUUUUUUGUCAUUGCCAUUCUUUUCUUUGUCCUAGUCCAGGUAACCAAACCAGAUCUUGCCACCGACAGAGCAGCGCUUUUGGCGCUUCGCUCCUCGGUCGGAGGCCGAACCCUGUUCUGGAACAUCUCCAACCAGAGUCCAUGCUUGUGGGCUGGGGUCAGGUGCGAGCGGAACCGCGUCACAGUGCUUAGGCUACCUGGUGUAGCACUCUCUGGCCAACUCCCACUCGGCAUUUUCGGGAACUUGACUGAACUGCGCACUCUGAGUCUCCGUCUCAACUCCUUAACCGGACAACUCCCUUCGGAUCUUUCUCUCUGUGAAAAUCUCCGAAACCUUUACUUGCAAGGGAAUCGUUUUUCGGAUGAGAUCCCGGAGUUCCUGUUUGGCCUUCAUGAUUUAGUGAGGCUAAAUCUUGGCGUUAAUAAUUUUUCUGGGGAAAUCUCUGUUGGGUUCAACAAUUUGACAAGGUUAAGAACUUUGCUUCUUGAUAGCAACAGUCUUUCUGGGUCGGUACCUGAUUUGAGUUCUUUGCAAAAUCUUGAUCAGUUUAAUGUGUCAAAUAAUUUGUUGAACGGGUCUAUACCAAAGGAGUUACAGAAAUAUGGGUCCAGUGCUUUUCUGGGAAAUUUGCUUUGUGGACAGCCACUUGACAAGGCUUGCCCUGCUACUGCUGCUGUUGGCAAUGCAAGUGAGCCUGCCAAUCCAACGGAUGAGAAUCAACAAGAGAAAAAGAAGAAAAGCAAGUUGUCUGGGGGUGCCAUUGCUGGUAUUGUGAUUGGAUCUGUGCUGGGAUUUCUAUUGAUUGUUAUGAUUUUGAUGAUUUUAUGUAGAAAGAAGAGUAGCAAGAAAACGAGGUCAAUUGACAUUGCUUCGAUUAAAAAUCAAGAGUUGGAGAUUCCUGGGGAGAAAUCAGGUGGGGAAAUGGAGAAUGGUGGGUAUGGAAAUGGGUUUUCGGUGGCGGCAGCAGCAGCAGCGGCCAUGGUGGGUGGUGGUGGAGUGAAAGGAGGUGAAACCAAUGGGGCCGGAGCUAAGAAGCUGGUUUUCUUUGGGAAUGCGGGGAGAGUGUUCGAUUUGGAGGAUUUGUUGAGAGCUUCUGCUGAGGUUUUAGGUAAAGGAACGUUUGGAACAGCGUAUAAAGCAGUGUUGGAAGGAGGAAAUGCAGUGGCUGUUAAGAGGCUCAAGGAUGUGACUAUUUCUGAGAGGGAAUUCAAGGAUAGGAUUGAAGGGGUUGGAGCUAUGGAUCAUCAAAAUUUGGUCCCUCUCCGAGCUUACUAUUUUAGCAGGGAUGAGAAGCUCCUUGUCUAUGAUUACAUGCCCAUGGGAAGCUUAUCUGCACUUUUGCAUGGGAACAAAGGAGCAGGAAGGACUCCACUGAACUGGGACAUUAGAUCUGGAAUUGCUCUUGGAGCUGCCUGUGGAAUUGAAUACCUGCACUCUCAAGGCCCUAACGUGUCUCAUGGAAACAUAAAAUCGUCAAAUAUCCUCCUCACAAAGUCCUAUGAUGCUCGAGUUUCUGAUUUUGGGCUAGCACACCUUGUAGGGCCUUCCUCAACUCCCAAUAGAGUGGCUGGAUACCGAGCACCAGAGGUGACUGACCCCCGCAAAGUAUCUCAAAAGGCUGAUGUUUACAGCUUUGGUGUGUUGCUUUUGGAGCUAUUAACUGGGAAAGCCCCCACGCACUCGGUCUUGAAUGAGGAAGGAAUAGACCUCCCAAGAUGGGUGCAGUCUGUUGUUCGGGAGGAAUGGACUUCUGAGGUUUUUGAUCUUGAGCUCCUCAGGUAUCAGAAUGUGGAGGAAGAGAUGGUUCAACUCUUGCAACUUGCUGUAGAUUGUGCUGCUCAAUACCCUGAUAGACGCCCCUCCAUGUCUCAAGUGACAAUGCGAAUUGAGGAACUACGUCGUUCCAGUUUGCCAGAACAACUGGAUGCACAGCCUGAUAAGGUCAGUGAUGCAGCUGACUCUCGAUAAGUUAGCUCAGGCCGACCACCAUACCGUAUUCUCCUAUUGCUACAUGGGUUAUCCCUCGCCCUGCUCUAUUGUGUCCAUAAUUAGCAUGUUAAGUUUGGUGGCGGUCUUGUUGUAUGCUGGACCUCCGUCUAAUGUUCCUUUAUUAGGUGCCAACUGGGUUUUAUCGUUUUCUUUUCCCCCCCUAAUUCCCCAUUGUACCAGUUCUUUUCUUUUCCAUUUUCAUUUAUACUUUGAGGUGGAUACCUUUCCACAUGUUCUUGUUGGGUGGAUUGGGUGGAUCUUGGUGGUUGUAAUUAUUACUUUUGCUUUUACUUUUCUCAGCUUUUUUGCUUUUGAUGCAACUUUUGAUCUGUUUA